GUAGUGAAAUGUCUUCAAUGAUUCCUCAGCAAGUCCAGUUGUUUUAGAAUUACUUAUAUUAGAUAACAGAGGGUUGGCAUGGAGGAAUCCUAGUAUAGUAACCACAUGUCUUCUUUAAAUGAAAAAUAAGACCGACUCCAAGAGUUUGAAAGACCCGUUUCACUGUCUUCUGCUCAGCUUGCAGGUUUCUUCAGAAGAUAAGGCCACAAUGAUGCCACUGUUGCUUAUCCUUUUGAUUCCCACCUACGUCCAAAAUCUAAAUCUGGAUAAGACUCCCCAAACCUUGUCUGGACCCCCUGGUAGCUACUUUGGCUUUUCCAUGGACUUCUACAAAGGGAUGAGCAUUGUGGUGGGUGCUCCAAGAAUGCAGAUAUUCCAGAGCAACGUCACAAAUGGUGGUGGUGUCUUCCUAUGUCCCUGGGACCCUAAGGGCAGCAGCUGCACCAACAUCAACUUUGAUAAGACAGGAGAUCGAAGUGACUCUGUGGGAAGCGGCACCAUGAAAGUCUAUAAGUCCAACCAAUGGCUUGGGGCAACGGUCAGAACCUGGAACACGGCCAUUGUGGCCUGUGCACCAUUACAGCAUUGGAAUUUCAUCCAAAGUGACCAGGAGGCUGGUGUCGCCCCCACUGGGGCAUGUUACAUAACAGACAACCUGCGGGAUAUCCAUGAAUUUGCCCCCUGCAGGGACAACAAAACCGACAUUUACUAUGCCCCUGACAACAGAUAUUGUGAGGUGGGGUUCAGUGCAGAGAUCAGCAAGAAUGGGACCCUGUUAGCUGGAGCACCCGGGGGUUACUAUUUUAAAGGAUUAUGCGCUACAGAAGAUCUGCCUAGCAUCUUGAAAAAGCCCCCCACUUCAGCCCUGCUGCGUUCCUAUCCAAGCCGACAGAUCUCUCCCAACUUCAGAUUUCCAUCAACAAUGCUUUCACAUGACGCCUACAAAGGUUUCUCAGUGGCCUAUGGAGAGUUUACAGAUGAUAAUGUCCCAGAGAUUGUGCUUGGGAGCCCUGUUUACCCUCAUAUGGGCAUCGUUGAAAUUUAUACAAACGACUAUCAGUGGAGAAUUUACACUUUCAAGGAAGAGCAGAUUGCCUCCUAUUUUGGCCACUCUGUUGCUGUUACCGAUGUCAACAAUGAUGGGAAGGAUGAUGUUUUGGUGGGUGCCCCUCUGUUUAUGGAACGUCGGACUGGUGGGAAGCUCCAGGAGGUUGGACGGGUCUAUGUGUACCUGCAGAGGACUUACAGUAGAUUCAGCAAUGACCACCCAAUCCUUCGAGGGUCCCGAGUCUAUGGGCAGUUUGGCUCUUCCAUUGCUCCUAUAGGAGACAUAGACCAGGAUGGCUUCAAUGAUGUAGCUGUGGGCGCUCCAUUCGGAGGAGAAUCUGGGGGAGGCUGUGUGCAUAUUUAUCGAGGAUCCACAGCUGGUCUGUCCCCCCAACCUUCGCAGAUAUUGGAUAGUCCUCUACCUCCCCCAUCCCAGUUUGGUUUUGCACUAAGGGGAGGGACGGAUAUUGACAACAAUGGGUACCCAGAUCUGCUGGUCGGUGCAUUUGAAGCAGACAAAGUCUUUAUAUUCCGGGCCCAGCCUGUAGUUGUCCUUCAGGCCUCGUUGUUCUUCCACCCAGAAGCUCUGAACCCAGAGGUGAAGCUCUGCAAACUUCCUCAGGGGGGCGCUGCUGUCAGCUGUUUUACACUUCGUGUCUGUGCUCAAGCAUCGGGUCGUAGCCUUCCAAAGAAAAUCAGUCUUUCAGCUGAGCUCCAACUGGACCGUCUGAAGAGCAGAUUUGCCCGAAGAACUUUCUUCUUGGAUUCCUCCCAGCCAAGUAAAACCAUAGACAUGGAACUUCAUAGCAACUCCGCUCAGAUCUGCCAGAACCUCACAGCCUACUUGCGGGGAGAAUCUGAGUUCAAGGACAAACUCAGUCCUAUAGCUGUGAGUGUCAACUUCAGUCUGGUGAAAGAACAGUCUCCAGACACAGUGCAACCCACCCUUCAUGGGACCACCCUCUUGCAGGAACAGACUAAUAUACUGUUGGACUGUGGUGAGGACAAUGUCUGUAUCCCAGACUUGCAUCUACGUGCCAACUGGUCUGCAGAUCCUCUUCUUAUUGGCAUAGAUAACCUUGUACAUGUCCUGUUCAACGCCACCAAUUCUGGAGAAGGAGCCUACGAGGCCGAGCUGCACGUCUGGCUGCCAGUGGGAGCACACUACAUGCAAGUUUUGGGGAAAGCAGAGGAGAAGAUCCUGUGUUCCCCCAAAAAGGGGAACGAAUCGGAAAUUGUGGUUUGUGAAUUGGGGAACCCAAUGAAGAACAGAGCAGAGAUCCACGCAGACCUGCAGCUCAGCUUCAGUAACCUGGAGGAUUCUGGGAGCACCGUUGCCUUCCAGAUGCAAAUAAAGAGCCGUAACAGUAUGAACUCAAGCAGCCCAGUGUUUUGGGUGAAGAUGCCAGUCACUGUGGCAACAACCUUAGAACUGCGAGGGAGUUCUCACCCUGCCGAAGUUGUUCUCCCAUUACCCAACUGGGAACCAAAAGUGGAAUCAAGAAAAGCCCAAGACUAUGGGGAGGAGGUGACACAUCUCUAUGAGUUACACAAUGCUGGGCCAAGCUCCGUCAAUGUCCAGUUGGUUGUACAGAGCCCAACAAUCUAUCAGGAUGACUACAUUCUGUAUCCUCUGCGUUUGGAGUUUGAUGACAAAAUGACUUGUGAGAACCAGUCAACGCUCAACCCUUUAAAGCUGGACAUCUUCUUUACCACGGAAGCACCUCUCAGUUAUAGCACUGGCAACAACCACAGGUUGGACAAGAGAGAUGUCAGAAAAGAAACCACUGACGAGCUGAUAGAUGAAGGAAAGAACCACACAAAGAAAGAUGAGACCCUUCAGAAGCACCCUAUACAACUGAACUGUAGCAGUGGUGUCCCUUGCUGGGCCGUGACCUGCUCGAUGCAAAAUCUGGACAGAGGAGAGAGAGCAACAGUGAAACUCCACUCGAUACUUUGGAUUCCCAGUUUAAUAAAGAGGCCUCAACAGCAGUUCAUCCUCCUUUCUCUAGGAUCCUUCCAGGUUACAGGAGUCCCUUACAAGAUCCAGCCUUCAACUCUGUUGGCCGGGAAAGCUGCAGCCAACACCACUGUCUUGUGGGCGAGUCCAGAUGGUCAGAAGGAGAUCCCACUGUGGUGGAUAAUCGUAGGGGCUCUUGGGGGACUGCUCCUCUUGGCCCUCUUUGUAUUUGUCAUGUGGAAGCUCGGAUUUUUUGAGCGGACGAGACCUCCAACUGAUGAUCAGGAUGAACUAGCCAGCGAUUAGUUGGGUAUUCCUUUGGGUCUGUCUUGUUAAGCUGCACUGGAUUUCAACCUUAAUACAUUGUCUUCACUGCUGGCCCUAUUAGUGCAACUCACAUCAAGCUCCAGUUCCUCACUCCCGCCAUUUUGUACCUGUGGACUUACUUUGGUUGAUGGAUCUAGACCCCCUUCACUAAGACAAGCAUAUGAGCCUUCUUGGAACAUCUUCAUCUUUGACCUUUUAGGACCUUACAUGAAAGCACUGUGGGUUGCUCUGGGUGUAGAUAGUUAAUAGUAGGCCAAGGAGCACUGGGGUUCCAUUUUGUUUCAAACAGCUCUUCCCUUUGAUCUAUAGUCUCUACGUUCUUCAUAAUCCUGUGGUUUAAUGACACAGAGCUUGGCCUGGGAUUGGACAUCCAUAUUUACAGAGCAGACGGGCCAAAAUGAAGACUACAUACUGGAUACAACUCUCCAAUGGUUUUCUGUGGCACCUUAGAUGUUUCUGAAUGAUAUGAAGCUGUGUUAGUUAUGGUUUAACCUCCCUAGAACAGGAGAUCAGAUUGGGUUCGGAACCAUUGGAAUAAAUGUAUAAUACAAGAAACA